AUGGGUCCGAUAACUGUAGCUCUGUUUAUAUUGACUGCAUUGAUAGGCCUGAUUUACAUCUUUCUAAUAUGGAAUUUCAACCACUGGAACAAACGUGGUAUCAAAAAACAAACAAUGGCAAACAAUCCAUUUCUGCUAAUGGGCGACAUUUGGAAGGAGCGACGCGCUGAAAUAACACCUGGACUCUCAACAAAUCGAGUGCAAGCAGUUUAUUCCGUCACCCAAAACAUUUGCAAGCAGUUUGUCGACUACAUAAAAAAGCAACAGCGCAUGGCGCCAUCUGGUGGCCUUAAUGCGAAAACUCUGAGCCUUUGCUACUCAACUGAAGUAGUUGCUGACUGUGUGUUGGGCAUUUCGUCGGGAAGCUUUAGUGAUAAUCCAACACCGCUUGUGGGAAUGAUUAAGCGUGUCUUUGAACACUCGUUUGGCUUCAUAUUCUUCAAUACGUUGGCAUCGCUGUUUCCUCUAAUCAGGAAGUUCUAUUGUGUACCAUUCUUCACUAAGGAUGUUGAAAAUUUCUUCUUUGAUAUCAUGCAGAAGGCCAUCAAUUUGCGACGAGAAAACAAUGAGCAUCGCAACCGAGCGGACUUCCUUAACUACAUGCUUCAGCUGCAAGAAAAGAAGGGACUCGACACAAUGAUGCUCACAUCUCAUACAAUGACCUUCCUAACCGACGGGUUUGAGACCACCGCCUUGGUGCUAUCCCACACUUUGUUGCAACUUGCUCGCAAUCCGGAAGCGCAGCGUCUGCUUCGCGAGGAGGUGGCAACAGGAGAGCUAAGCUUUGAUCAACUGAGUGAGCUGCCUUAUUUGGAUGCUUGUAUAAGCGAAACACUUCGUAUAUUCCCACCGGGACUGGCGGCACGUAGACUUGUAACGGAACCUUUCAAAUUUGUUAACAAAAAUGGAGUCAGCGUGGAGGUAGUUCCUGGAGAAGUGGUAAUUGUGCCCAACUAUGCCUUCCACCACGAUCCGAACUACUAUGAGCAUCCAGAAAAGUUCCAGCCCGAGCGUUUUCUCGAGCACAAUGGAGGCGUGCGCAAAUAUCGCGACCAGGGAGUCUUUUUUGGGUGGGGUGAUGGACCUCGUGUUUGUCCAGGAAUGCGUUUUGCACUUACCCAACUCAAAGCUGCAUUGGUUGAAAUCGUUCGUCAUUUCAACAUCAAGCCAAAUCCACAAACACGCACUGACAACGCCUUGGAUGAGACAUAUUUCAUGGCUACCCUUAAGGGCGGCAUUUGGUUGGAUUUUGAGGCGCGUGAUUAA